GAAAGCCCUCUUAGGCCGUUUCAAAUAGCGCCAACAACCCUUCGCUUGUGAGUACUGCAUUCUCCCUGUUUCUGCGUCGUGGUCGCCAUGUUGACAAAAUGCCGAUAGAGAAACGGAAGUCGCAUUCUACACGUUACCGUGCUUCCCUUGCUCAGAACAUCGCUAAGAACGGUUUUGUCGUUAUGCCUUGCUCUUGGUGCGCGUCGCAAGGCCUCGUUUGCAAAAUGAUCGCACGUAUAAGCGUUGCGAAGCCUGCGUUCGUCGAGGUCGUUUUUACGAUGGCUCUGGCAUACCGCUUUCUUCCUCGCGAGUUGUCCGAAAAGCUUGCGCGGCUCCGGCGUCUUCGUCAGCAGAAGGAGUUUUUGGUGGAGAAAGGUGCCGACAUGGUGGCGCGUGGUCUGUCGACCUUGGACGAGUUGGAGGAGGUUGAGCGGCAAGAGACGCCUGCUAUACCCUCGUCAUAGAUUAAUGAUGCCGUCGAUGCUGUCGACUGGGGCGCCGUCUUUGGUUCUGUCCCGGGUUUUCCUUUGGUCGAUCCGGAUUCUGCCGGUGGAACUGUUCCAGUUUCUCAGGGCAGUUCAAAUUCUUGACUAGUUCCCAUGAGUUGUCCUCUAGUCCAAAAUCAAGCCAUUUGACCAGGU